GGGAACGAGAAAGACGAAGCAGAUACCGAAAAGAACACAGAGAGGAGUUUUGGAGAAGAAGGUAUGGAUCCCAAGCUAACCGAGGUUUCACAGCUCUUCGAACGAUUCAAAGCUGCGUUAGUUCGUAAUGAUUUCGAUACUUGUUCGAAGCUUCUCUCUCAGCUCAAGAUCUUGCUGAUAGAAUUCAAAAGCCUUCCUCCAUUGUUUGAAGAAACUCCUAAUGCAGUUCAAGAGCUAACCAUAGCAAGGGAUAUCUAUGAGCAUGCUGUUGUGCUUAGUGUAAAGAUGGAAGAUCAAGAUGCAUUUGAGAGAGAUUUCUUUCAGCUGAAGCCUUACUAUACAGAUGUUGGUAGUCGGCUUACACAAUCUCCCCAAGAGUACCCAAUCCUGGGUCUGAAUCUUUUGAGACUACUUGUCCAGAACAGAAUUGCUGAGUUUCACACUGAAUUAGAGUUGCUUUCAGCCAAUGCUCUUGAAAACACUUGUAUCAAGCAUGCAGUGGAGCUUGAGCAAUCAUUCAUGGAAGGGGCUUACAAUCGAGUAUUGACUGCUAGACAAACUGUACCUCAUGAAACUUAUGUUUAUUUCAUGGAUCUUUUGGCUAGAACAGUCAGGGAUGAGAUUGCUGGGUGCAGUGAGAAGGCGUAUGACUCUCUCACUGUUAAAGAUGCACGAGAAAUGCUAUUGAUUUCCUCAGACCAAGAACUUUUUGAUUACAUCAAAGAGGAGCAUCCAGAGUGGGAGGUGAAGAAUGGAUUAGUUGUAUUCCAGAAGGCUAAGGAUUCGGCUCCAUGCAAAGAGAUUCCAUCUCUCCAGCUCAUUAACCAGACUCUCAGCUACGCAAGGGAAUUAGAGCGCAUUGUUUGAUUAAUAAAUCAAACCUCAAAAACAUUUCUUAAUUUCAAAAAAAAAAAAAAAAAAAAAUUGUUAUUUGCUUUUUUAAAACCCACCUCAUGUUGUACUAGACUAUUAAUGUCACUGAGAUUGCGUGAACAGCAUUUGCAUUUGGUGAUUUGAAACCUUGUUGGCUUAUUCUUGAUUGCAUUCACGGGGUUUUCACUCUUUUACCUACCACUAACCUUUUUGUGAAC